UGGCAUUAAUAUUUCCCCAGAUGAAAAGAAGUGGAGAAUUGACAAGUAAAAGUCAUAACCAAGAGGAAAUAAGUAUUCUUCGUUGUUGGAAAUGUAGAAAAUGUAUAGCAAGUUCUGGUUGUUUCAUAAAUUAUCUUGACAACGAAGUAGUUAAGGAUAGACAUGAUUCAGUUGAUGCUGAAAAUAUCUGCCAUGUGUGGCACAUGAAUAUCGAGGCCCUUCCAGAAUGGAUAAGCUGUCUAAUACAAAAGGCACAGUGGACAGUUGGAAAACUGAAUUGCCCUUUCUGUGGGGCCCGUUUAGGGGGCUUUAAUUUUGUCAGCACUCCAAAAUGUUCCUGUGGCCAGCUUGCAGCUGUGCACCUCUCCAAGAGCCGGACCGAUCAUCAACCAACACAGGCAAGUGGACUAAUGAGACCAUCGCUGAAAUACAUGUCACAUCCUGGAGUUCAGUCAGGUUGUGACAAGGAAACUCUGCUGACAGGUAGUGGCUCCCAAAACAGAAACCACAGGCUUUUAAAUAUGGCCCAAAAUAAUAAUGGCCUUGGAAGAUUAACAGAAGCACUCUGCCUGGAGGUACGGUCAACAUAUUUUGAGAUGAAGAAUGAAAAAUGGCUCUUCAAAACAUUAGAUCCAAAAUACCAGCUUUUUGUUCCUCAGCUUGUGACUGGCAGAUGCACCACGAGAGCUUUUCAUAGAAAAUCACAUAGUUUGGAUCUGAACAUCAGUGAGAAGCUGACUCUAUUACCCACUUUAUAUGAAAUACAUAGCAAGAUUACUGCCUAUCCCCGGCUAAAUGAAACACAGCCUACUGACCUUUUGGGCUUGCCUUCACAGUCUAGUAAAAAUAGCUGUUCCUUUCACAAUCCAUCUAGCUUUGAUCCUAAUAUGCUGCUUCAAAGAUUUUCCGUGGCUCCCUGUGAGACCCAGACACAAAGAGGAGAAUUUCAGUGUGGUCUGGAAGCUUCUUCAGUGUACUCCAAUCAUGCCAAUACUAGCAAUCUGACUUUCCUGAUGGAUCUGCCCUCAGCUGGGAGGAGCAUGCUGGAGGCCUCAGACCAAGAAGACCACCUCUCCCCGCUGGACUUCCUGCACUCAGCUAGUUUUUCAUUGGGCACUAUUAACCAGACGCUGAAUAAGAGAGAAAGGAACAAGUUGAGGAAUCUAAGAAGGAAACAACGAAGGCAUGAAAGGUGGCUACAAACGCAGGGUAAACACUCAGGAGUGGGAUUGCUGGAUCAUAUGACUUUGAAUAAUGAAAUGAGUACAGAUGAUGACAAUGAAUAUGCAGAAGAAAAGGAUAGCUACAUCUGUGCAGUGUGUCUGGAUGUUUACUUCAACCCUUACAUGUGUUACCCUUGCCACCACAUCUUCUGUGAGCCCUGCUUACGGACUCUGGCCAAAGACAAUCCUGCAAGCACUCCCUGCCCAUUGUGUCGGACAAUUAUUUCUAGAGUCUUUUUCCAGACAGAACUAAACAAUGCCACAAAAACAUUUUUUGCUAAAGAAUAUUUGAAAAUAAAGCAAAGCUUUCAGAAAUCCAGCUCUGCAAAAUGGCCCUUACCAAGUUGCAAAAAGAGAUUCCAUCUUUUUGGAGGUUUCCACAGGCGGGCAGCUCCAGUGACACGAAGGCAGUUCCCGCAUGGUGCACACAGGAUGGACUAUCUGCAUUUUGAAGACGACAGCCGUGGAUGGUGGUUUGACAUGGAUAUGGUGAUCAUCUAUAUUUAUUCAGUGAACUGGGUCAUUGGAUUCAUUGUUUUCUGCUUUCUUUGCUAUUUUUUCUUUCCGUUUUAG